AUGGUGGUGGUCAGCACAGAACAGUUCACAGAAAUACAAAACUUCAUUCGUGCUUACGAUGGCGAUUUGAAUAGCUGCAACGUCGAACUGGAGAGCAGGUUUCCGGAGCUUUCCGCUAUAACCCUGGGAAGCAUCCUCUCGAAGGUGGUACUGCAGAGGGUGAAAACAACAUACUCGCGACUCGUCGCGAAGGUUGAUUCGCUGGUCAGUCAGUACCAGAAUGCUGCCCAGCAAACGCCAGAUCAUGAUAUUCUGCUGAAAAUGGCCGCGAAACUACGCAUACCUUCUACGGUGGUGUGCCGGAUAGUACUGGGAAAGCUGUACCAAAACCUGCCGCGUUCGGAAGUGUUGGACAUGCUGCGCGUGCCUGACAUGAUUCCCGAUUCACUGCUGGCAAUGAACGUGAGCUACUGUCUGUACAGCGAACACAUGGACGGACCGCUUACCGAUGCGAUACGCCGGUGCAUCGGCGAAGAGUACGAAGAUCGUAUGAAGAAGCUAGCCCGGGCGGCCGGGAUGGUGUUCUACGACGAAGGCGAUUUGCGACGCACCGGAUACGAUAAGACGCCCGAUCUGAAGCUGGCCGUACCGUUUUUGUUUCGCGGUCAAGUAAUCAACUGGAUCGAGAGUAAAGCAUCGUUCGGGGACGUGGAUUCCCACCGGCGUUACGUCAAGGACCAGCUGGCUAGCUAUGGCAAUCGGUUUGGUCCCGGUGUAGUCAUAUAUUGGUUCGGGUACGUCGACAGCAUUGCCGAUUGUGCGGAAAACGGUAACGAAGUGAUAGUAACGGACGGGUUUCCCGAAACGGAGGAAAUCGAAUUCCUCACCUUCAACCUACCAUGCUCUUUGGUAGACACUGAUUAGUGGACCAUUGUAAAUAUGAAAUUGUAAAUAUAUUAGAACAGUAAAAUAGACCUAAUU